CGCCGCAGCCCCGCCGCGCCAUGGGUCGUGCACUGCUGGUCCUCCUCUUAUCUGCAGCAGUCUCUCUUCUGGGCGGGUUGAUAUUUGGAUACGAGUUUGGGAUCAUCUCUGGUGCUCUAUUGCAGUUGCAAAUAGACUUUCACCUCAGCUGCUUCAAGCAGGAAGUUCUUGUGAGCUCCCUACUCAUUGGAGCUCUCCUUGCCUCUCUGGUUGGGGGGAUCCUCAUUGACCGCCAUGGAAGGAGGAGAGCAAUCCUGGUCAGCAACUUGGUACUGUUGUUGGGCAGCCUUAUUCUGACACUGGCAAGAUCUUUUAUUGGGCUGGUCAUUGGGCGCAUGACCGUGGGCUUUGCAAUCUCUGUCUCAUCCAUGGCCUGCUGCAUCUACGUCUCAGAAAUGGUGGCUGCUCAUCAACGAGGACUGCUGGUGUCUCUCUACGAAGCAGGCGUCACUGUAGGCAUCUUACUCUCAUAUGCUCUGAAUUACAUCUUUGCAGAUGUGGCUGAGGGAUGGAGGUACAUGUUUGGACUGGCCAUUGCCCCAGCUGCCAUGCAGUUCCUGAGUAUCCUCUUUCUCCCUGUGAAUCCUGUUAAAUUAAAUACUUGGGACUCAGACUCCCAGAAGGGUUUCAUUCAACUGCAGACCACGGAAGACAGAGAGGCAGAAAAGCAGGAGUCGUAUAAAGAGAAGCAUUACUCUUUUCUUGACCUUUUCAGGACCAGAGACAACAUGAGAAGCCGGACUUUGGUAGGCCUGGGCCUGGUGCUCUUCCAGCAAUUCACUGGGCAGCCCAACGUCCUGGGCUACGCUUCCAAAAUCUUCCACUCAGUGGGAUUCCAGAGCAACUCUUCUGCGAUCCUGGCCUCCGUGGGGCUGGGGGCRAUCAAGGUGGUUGCCACGCUUGUUGCAAUGGCGUUUGCAGACAAGGCUGGGAGGAGAGCGUUGCUCAUUGCUGGCUGUGUUGUGAUGGCAAUUUCGGUCUCCAUCAUUGGUCUCAUGAGCCGCUCCUCUCCUCUGGCCGUGACCAGGGACUGUGAGGCAGCCACAGACCCCAAUGCCUCCCACAGCUACACACAACAUCUCCUGACACCAGCAUCUUCCCAUACCCCUGUGUCACCCUUCCCACUCGCUUCAGGGGUUGGCAGAAGCUGGGCAGGCCCUGGUUUUGCUGCUGCAAGGGGUGCCCAAAGCAGAGCUGUUGGUACAGACUCUUCCCACCUUCAUAAAAUGGACUUGAUAGGUCACUCUGAAAAAGAGACAGUGGAAAGCACAGAGUCUCCCAUCGGUGGAGGUCCCUUUACAGAACAUAUGGUUUUAAACUGGAUUACACUGCUGAGCAUGAUGGCUUUCGUGAGCGCCUUCUCAAUUGGAUUUGGACCGAUGACCUGGCUGGUCCUCAGUGAAAUCUACCCUGCUGGAAUAAGAGGAAGAGCCUUUGCCUUCUGCAACAGCUUUAACUGGGCUGCUAAUUUACUGAUCAGUCUGUCAUUCUUGGACCUUAUUGAUGCCAUUGGUUUCUCUUGGAUGUUCCUUCUCUAUGGACUGAUAGGAGUGCUGGCUGUUGUAUUCAUUUACCUUUUUGUUCCGGAAACGAAGGGGCAGUCCUUAGAAGAGAUAGACCAGCAAUUCUCACGAAAACGGUUGUGGAAAGAAAACAUGUUUCAACGAAGACACGGAAGGGCAAGCUGCACACAGGCUCAGUACCGGCGUGUGGAACACCCCAACAGCACAAGAGACCGCUGACAUGCUGCCAGCACCAUGCUAGGAAAGAAGCAGCCUCCGGGCCAUUGGAAGAUACUUCUUCAACAGCCUUCAGCUCAGAGACAGGCCUCUCUGCAGUGCCUUAUACCUUGGGAGAGUAGCAGUCUCUGCAUCCUUGGAGAAUCCUGGUUGCAGGCAGGAAACAUGUCCUUCAUUUGAUAUCCUUUAUUGUUCAAAGGACACCGUAGCGUAGGUCAUCCAUCAUUUAAGAGACUACUGGUUUUGUAUGUGGGAAAUAAAGCACAACUGUGGCAGACAGCA